AUGAGAUUCAGUACACUCGCUGCCAUUGCAUCUACAUUAUUUUUAAGUACCGCUUCCGCUAGUACUUGUAAUCCAUUAACAUCCAGUGAUUGUUCUCCUGAUCCAGCAUUAGGUUCAUCAUUUUUGGAAACAUUCGAUGAUAAUUUGGGUUCCCAUUUUGAAAGUUUAAAUAAAAAAGGUGAUAUAACUUUUUCGGAAUCUGAUGGUUUAUCAUUAACCAUCAAUGAUAGAUUCGAUAAUCCUUCUAUUAAAUCAAAUUUCUAUAUUAUGUUUGGUCAUGUUGAAGUUGUCUUGAAAGGAGCUGAAGGUUUAGGUAUAGUGUCAUCUUUCUAUUUACAAUCUGAUGAUUUGGAUGAAAUCGAUAUUGAAAUGUUUGGUGGUGAUCCAUACCAAUGGCAAUCCAAUUAUUUCAUUAAAGGUAAUACCGCUACUUAUGAUCGUGGUGGUUAUCAUGAUAUUUCUAAUCCAUUAGAAAACUAUCAUACUUAUACCAUUGAUUGGACUGAAGAUGAACUUACUUGGUCUGUUGAUGGUGCUGUUAUCAGAACUAUUCCAAAAGACAAUGCCCAAGGUUAUCCACAAUCUCCAAUGGCUAUUUAUGCCGGUAUUUGGGCUGGUGGUGAUCCAGAUAACCAACCAGGUACUAUUGCUUGGGCUGGUGGUAUUACUGACUACAGUAAAGCUCCAUUCACUAUGCACAUUAAAUCUAUUUUGGUUGCUGAUUAUUCUUCUGGUAAAUCUUAUAGUUAUUCUGAUCAAAGUGGUACUUGGGAAUCUAUCAAAGCUGAAGAUGGAGAAGUUAAUGGUAGAUAUGAUCAAGCUCAAGAUGAUAUUAAAAAAUUGCUUAGUGGACAAUCUGUUGAUUCUAGUAAAGCACCAUCAUCAUCUACUUCUUCUUCAUCUUCUUCUAGUUCAAAAUCUUCUAGUUCUUCUUCUAGUUCAUCAACUUCCACAACUUCUACUGAAGAUGCCACCACCAGUUCAACUAAAGAUGCUACUACCAGUUCAACUGAAGAUGCUACUACUAGCUCAACUGAAGAUUCAACCACUAGUACUACUUCAUUAUCCUCAUCAAGUUCUACUUUAACUACUAGUUCAACUAAAUCUUCUUCUACUACUUCCACAUCCAGAUCUUCAAUUGGCCCAAUAUCAAUUAGUGCUCCAACUGGUGCUGGUACUACAAGAGUUGUCUUUAUUGGAACAACCAGUAUUGAUUCUGCUUCUGCUGAAACCGAAUCUGCUUCUAAUGAUGCUAAUACUUCUUCUGCUAGAGGAUCAGCUACUACGUUUAUUUCAACUGUAAGCAGCAGUUCUACUACUUCAUCUUCUGUUUCAGUACUGGUUAAUGAAAAUAAUGCUGGUAUUUAUCAAACCACAUCUACUUUAGGUUUAUUUGCAUUCAUUGGCUUUUUAUUCAUCUAA